AGGCUUGGUGUUCAUGAACAUACGCACGCACCGUGGCUCCGACUGAGGCCGUUUGUGGAGCGGACAGGGAGGUGAUGUAGACUUCAUCGUCAGAGUCUGUCUCAGACGCCUCGCCCUGCACCACUAUCUGAUGUAGUGGGGCAUGUAACCCAUCGCCACCUGGUUCUCUUUCACGUUCUUUUCGGGGCUAACUCCGCCUAGAGGAGCGUCCCAGCGUUGAUAUCGAGCGCGACCUACGACUCGGGCUCGUAUUUACUUCGUGCACGAUAAUUUGACAGGAAUGGCAGACGAGUCCCUGUUUGAAUUUCUCCAUAUGGAGAUCGUGUCCCAUGUUUACAAGGAGCAGCAGUCCAGUAAAGGAGAGAUGGACAGCAAGGACAGAGCCGUCUGUGUUUCUGUCCUGGAAGGCAUGGGCUUCAGGGUGGGACAAGGACUCAUUGAGAGGUUGACCAGGGACUCUCCCAGCUUUAAGGAUGAACUGGAUAUUAUGAAGUUCAUCUGUAAAGACUUCUGGACAAAGGUGUUCAGGAGGCAGGUUGACAACCUCAGAACAAACCAUCAGGGUACCUAUGUUCUACAGGACAACAAGUUUGCUCUGCUGACCCAGCUCUCCAGUGGAAAACAGUACCUGGAUCAGGCUCCUAAGUACCUCGCCUUUUCAUGUGGCAUGGUGAGAGGAGCUCUGUCUAACCUAGGUCUGGACAGUGUGGUGACAGCCGAGGUCUCUGUCAUGCCAUCCUGUAAGUUCCAGGUGGUGAUCCAGAAAUUGUGACCUGAUCCUCUUUGCCACCCUGAUGCUGGUGAACAGGGCCCUGUGGGGUUCUGUUAAUCCUAAAGAGAGGAUACCAGUUCUUGUUCUCCCACUGAACAGUCCAACCAUAGAGGGAAUCAAACACCACCCUCUGAUUUUCACAGUUGGGGCAAACAGGACUAGCAAGGUUCUGCUGAUGACCUGGUACCCCUAAUGGGGCAAACAGGGUUAGCCAGAGCUUACCUUUUACUCAUGGUACUCUGAUACAGAACAGAUUUGUGUUACUCCUUUUGCAUCUUGAUUUUGAUGGAGGUUAUUUCCCACUCAAGCUAAAUAAUGUGUAGUGUUCUCAACUUUAGUUUGAACUAAAUAACAGAAGCCUGGCCCCGAUUGACCCCUUUUGGCCAAGCUUUGAAAAGAAAUAUUGUCAGUGGCUGUGAAUACAAUAGUGUGAAAUUGAAUGUGCUGUUUAUGGCAAUGUAAUUUAAUAUUCUUUGUAAUGUGUUGAAAUAUUGAGUCAGACAAAGUGCUUACUAAUAAAUAAUUGGAAAUGAAAAAAAAACAUACAACAGAACAAUCACUAGAAUCUAGGCUAGGACAUCACUUUAGAUGAUUGUCACUUGCCAUAUCACCGUCUUUCAGCAUCCAUCCAAAUCAUAGACAAUUCAGAUUCAUUAUUUACUGACUUGUUUCUCUGUAACCAGCACCUGGUGCUUUGCUCUGCCUUGUAGCAGAUUGCCUUUAGGUGCUGGGUGCUUCAUGUAUGCUGGUAGUCAUUUAAAUUUCAGUUAAUUUGAAGGCAAAAUUCAAAUCCAGAAUGAGUCAUUGGUACAGCAAAUUUCAGUUAAAUGGUGCAAUGUAGAUAUGACAAUGGUUUGUAGGCCCAGCUUUUCUACAAAUUAAAGUGGAAGGAAGCUACUUAGUAAGCAUCACUCUCUUCAUCUGCAGUGAUGUGUCAUUUCAGAGCUGACCACUCAAACUGGGUUUACAGUUUAUUUUUUGUACCAAGAUGUACACUUGUUUUUGUCCUUUGUACAGCACUGAUAUGGUAAGGUAUUAUAUUGAAUAGCUUCCUGCUGUGCAACUGUCAUGUUGUAAGGCUUUGAAAUCAGUUUACAUGGAUUUCUGGGUUACAUUUACUAAUGACAACUUGCUUUGUACAAGGCUCUCCUCAAAUAUGAGUCCUAAAACGGCUUGAAACUACAUGGCCGUUAAGUAUGUGCUGUUUGUUUUAUUUAUUUUAUUUUAUUGACAUACCAUUUUCAGCAAAUGGAAUAAAAAUGGAAAAAAAACACCACAGCAGCAAGGCCUUUUGAAGAAGAAAAUACAAUGUGAUGAACACAGUGAUAUGGAAAUUUACCUCUUUGGUCUUGUUGAUGUAGUUGCCUAUUUGUGCCACUUGAGGGACACAUAAAGCUGUCAUUAUUUUCAUGUCCAUUGCUCUGCCAGUUUACCAUAUUGCCAAAUUAUGUCCAGUGUCACCUGCUCUCUCUAAUCUCUAGUUUGUACUCCCACUGUUUGUGUGGGAGAGAGGAGAACCCAUAGUUGAACAAACCUGGCUGUACAGUGCUAUGAAAAACAAAGUUCUGUCCCAGCUGGCUAAACUGUAAUUUUGAAGAAAAGCAUGGUCAACCUUAGUUCUAAGUUAGCAUUCACAAUGAGCUUAGCCAGGUUCAGUCAAAUCCAUCAUCAGAUUUUGUACAAUAUUUUACACUUUGGGUCUUAGCUCUCUGGAUUUUCAUUAUAGUUUUGGUAUGACACUGCAUUAACAUUAUUGCUGUUGUAUGGUGCUCACUCUGCUUUUAUUUUUUUCUGACAAAGUAUCCCUGACUGUGUUACCAGUAUUCCACUGCCAUCAGUGUAAUAAUUUUACACAAUAAAAGUCUUUACAUUCAACUUGAA